AUGCACUGCCUACAUGAGCAAGGCAUUGUCCAUUUGGAUCUGAAACCAAGCAACGUCCUCUUGGAUUCUGAUAUGAAUCCUAAGAUUAUUGAUUUUGGAAUAUCUCAAGUGUUGAACGACAACAAGAGUGAUACCCAUGGUAGUGCUGUACGGGGCACUUGGGGAUAUAUGGCUCCAGAAUACAUGGUAUCAGGUAUUUUAUCAACCAAGAAUGAUGUGUAUGCUUUUGGCAUGACCCUUCUUGAGACUACUAGCAGUAUGCUCAUAUCUAAACCACCUAGAGAACACCCUUUAGAUAAAUGGGCUUGGGAUGCUCGGGAGGAUGGUAGGAUGGAUGAGUUAUUUGUUCCGGAACUGCUUGGUGAUGAGCCUCAGCUAAAGGAGAUCAAGAGGUGCGUGGAGGUAGCACUACUGUGCACUCAGUUUGAUCGAGCAGACCGCCCCCACUUGGAGGAUGUUCUUCAGAUGCUACAUGGACUGAAAGAAAUGCCGACCCCAAAGAAACCAAGUUAUAUGGUGGAUUCUCCUGAUCUACAUGAUGACGACUGGAUUUUUGUGGAGAGGAAUGAUUUACCGUGA